AUGGAUGAUCAAUUUAAUAAAAUCAUCGAAGGAGAUGAAAUGAGGAAAUUUAGUGACUAUUUUUAAUACAUAUCAACUAUUGGAUAAGGUGCUUUUGGUGUUGUUGUUAGAGCUAUUAACUUAACUACACAUUAGGAAGUGGCUAUUAAAGUAUGUUAUACCAAACUAUAAUCAUAGAUAAUUAAGAAGAAAUUGGUAAAUAGAUAUGAUUAAUUGAAAUAAGAAUCAACUAUCUUAGCAAGUUUAAGACAUGAGAAUAUUGUUAAGUUUAUAGAUGUUAAGGAAACUGAUACUAGAAUUUUGAUUGUUAUGGAACUUAUUCAAGGAGGUAUAUACGAUUCUACAAUCAUAGGCUCUUUAGAAGAUUUAAUGCACAAAUUGCAUAAGAAUAAUUCAUGGUUUACAGAAGAAUAAUGUAAGACCAUUAUUAGGAAUAUUUUAACAGCAUUAGCAUAUAUGCAUAAAAAUAAUGUUGUUCAUAGAGAUUUAAAACCAGAAAAUAUUUUAGUUAAUGAAGAUUUAAGUUGUGUCAAAUUAAGUGAUUUUGGAUUGAGUUCUGUUUAAAACUAAUUAAUGACAAAGUAAUGUGGAACAUUAAUUUAUAUGGCACCAGAACUAUUAAUGAAUAAGAUAUAUAGCAAGGUAUAUAUUUAUACUAUCAUUAGAAUGUAGAUAUUUGGGGAGUUGGUGUAAUAAUGUACAUGCUACUAAAUAAUGGAUAACAUCCAUAUUAUAAGUCUGGAGAUAGUCUUGAUUAGAUUUUGUAGAUGACUAAACUCAUGCAUGAUUAAAGCACAUUAACUUAGUAACAAUCUAAAAUGAUAUAAGAAUUUUAGAUUGUAAUACAGUUUAUUUAAAAAAUUGACUGAAUUGGACCAAACAAAAAGAUAUAGAGCUGAUUAAGGGUUACUUCAUCCAUGGUUGAAUGAGUAAGGAGAUGCAGAAGUUCCAUAAACAAUGGAGGAAAUCUUUCAUACAUGGAUUUAAUAAUAGAAUCUUCUAAAUCUAAUAAAAUCAAUUAUGUUCUUAUCUAAAUUAGGAUAUAUGAAGAAAUUAGAAAAUAGAGAAAUUUAUAAUCGAAUUUCAGAGUAACAGUGUAAAUUAAAGGAGGAUAAAAACAAAAAGGAAGGGAAAGUAACAAUAAAUAAAGAGUUUUAUGAUGAAUUAUUUGAAGAUUAUCAGAAAACAUUAACAGAGUAAUAGAAAAGAUUAGUGUUAUAAAGUAAAUUGAAAUAAAAUACUAAUAGCCUAAAAGGUAGAGAGUGAAAAAUAAAUAAAAUAAUAGCCAUAAAGCCAAUAAUUGUCAACGGUGUAGGCUAAAUUAUAAUUAAUAAUUCGAGCAAGAAAACCUUCAAAUAGUUUUAAAAAUGUAGAAGAAGCAAUCAAUGAUGAUGUAGAGAAUGAAGAAAUUAAAUUAGAAAUAAAUGAAUCUUAACCUGAUAUGCUUGGUCCAGAUAAUGAAAUGUAAAAUGAUGUAAGUGAAAAAUCUGAUCAUAAUUUAUCUAUGUAAAUAAAUCCAAUUACAAAAUCACCAAAAAAGAAAAAGAAAUCACCUUUAAAAACUUAAACUAAAUUGUUUAUCUAAAAAAAUGAAAGUCUUAAUAAUUCUCAAUAAGGUAUAAAAGAGAAGCCUACAAAUUCUUAAGUACCAAGUCCUACCAAACUUAUUAAUAAUAGUGUAAUAAAUAGCAAUACUACAACUAAAUACUAAAUAAAAUUGAAACCUCUUUAAACUUAAAUAGAUCCUCCAAAAGAAAUAAUAACAAAUAAUACUAUUCUUAAUUAAAAUCUACCUAAUUAUGAACCUAAUUUUCGCUCAGCUAUUAGGCCUGCUAGAUAAGCACAUGUUCCAAGAUUAUCAAGACUUAGUGUAGAUAGAGAUUAAGUUUAACCUGUGGUUUUAGAUUUAUCUAGUAUGGCUAUGGGGGGAUUUAGUCCUGUUCAUAGUAAUCAAUUUUUAUUUCCUACUAAAAUCCCUAAUUAUUGUCCAUAAAAGAGAGUAUAUUAAAAUGAGUUUCAUCCUUCUAAAGUAUUAACAUCUUUGGCUUCAAAAAAAUCAAAUGAUCAUUAUAAUUUUAUCAAUGGUGGACCUAAAUGA